AUGAUGGAUUUAGAUAACUUCAUCCUAAAAGUUAGUGAAGAUCCCAGUGCUCCUCUGGUAAUGCUUUUUGGAUGGGCUGGCUGCAAAGACCGUUAUUUGGCGAAAUACUUGGCAAUAUACCAGAAAGCAGGAUAUUCUGUUUUUGGAUACACGGUUGACUUUCGUACAGUCACUUCCUACCAGACAUAUAAUAAGCAUGCUCUCGCCGUCUAUGAAAGAAUCCUGCGGAACAACAAUUUCUCGUCUAUUUUAAUGCAUGUAUUUAGCAUGAAUGGAGCUUCCAUGGUCGGUGCGCUUUGGAAAUUGUUUGAAGAAGUUGAGUGUGGUAAUUUAAUAAAGGAGAAGGUUGUUGGCAUAAUUUAUGACAGUGCUCCGGCGUUUACUGAUGUUUAUCGUAUGUCUACAGCUGCAGCGCUGGCUUUCUGCCCGCCAACAAAAUACGGGCUUUUACUCUUCUGGUCGUACCGAAUUGCAAGAAUUUUCCUCUAUCUAAUUUUUAUGACUUUGGUAUGGUUGGAAUCAUUAAGGAGAUCUGAUGCGUGGUCUAGACGUUUUGGUUAUUAUCAUUUGUGCCAAAUAACUGACUUGCCCAAAAAACAAAUGGUCAUUUACAGUUUAGCCGAUUCAGUAUGUUUGUCAAGCAGUAUUGAAUACUAUAUAGCCAAACAGAAGGUUGAAAAUGUUGAUAUCAAGACGCUUGUUUUUCCUGACUCACCACAUUGCGAGCACUUUCGGUUGCAUGAAACGGAAUAUGUUAAGACUUGUUUAGAUUUUUUACGUUCUUGUGUUGAAAACCGAAGUCCUCAAGAUUCUUGAAA